CAACAGCGACAAAAGGUUCCUGGUUUAUCCACGCGGUGCUUUGCUAGCAAACCUAAAAAUUGAUGCUCUUUAGACCAAUCUUGUGUAUAUUAAUCUUAGUGUUUUGAACAUAAUUCUGUUUACCUAUCUACUGGUUCAUUUAAACGUAAUUUGCUUGUUAAAUUAGCAAAUGUGUUACAUUGAUGCUGCACUAGGCUAAUCUCCCGGAGCAUAAACUCACUAAUCUCGACGGAGAAAGAAACUGGUGAAAGGAGGCAAAGAAGCUUGAAGAAUGAAAGAAGAGGAUGAUAUUACAGUGAAACAAGAGGAUGAUAUUACAGUGAAACAAGAUGAUGAUAUUACAGUGAAAGAGGAAUAUGGGAACGAAGUUGUCAAAGUGGAAAAAGCGAUAGGAGCUUUCAGAAUCAAAAAGGAGGAAGAACCUUUUGAAGUAAAAGAGGAGGAUUUCUCAAUAAAAGAAGACGAGACCGAACAUCCGAUUACCACCAGAGAGAGACAUGACUAUCGUGGAUCCUCUGGGGAGCCUCAACAACCUCAUGAAGCUGAAGAGGCAGAGAAGAGUCUCUCCAGAUCAGAACACCAGAUGGACAACGCUAGCCGGUCUGUCCUCCCGGAGUCCCAGUGUCGUGCCUCUCCCGGGAUGAAGAGGUUGUCUCUGCUGCUGGUGGACUGCGGGAAAACAACGGGGCUGAGUGGAACUGUGAGAGGAGGAGGAGAGGAGAACGGAUCAGAUUUAACACAUAAAAAAAUUGAGAGUGACACAGAAGGAAUGGAUGAGGACUCUGUGAGUGAUCUGAGUUUGGAUUCCAGCGCGGAUGAAAUGUUUUUGGAAGAAGAAGAUCCACAUCAUGGCACUGACCCCGACUGGGAGCCCCCAGUGCCAACUUGUCCAUCCCCCUCUGAAGCUGGUUCAUCCAGCUGUACCCCUGCUGUCUCUGGCUCCACACCUCCCGGGCCGUCUAGAGGACCGACAAAGAAGAGGAAGAGGGGAAGUGUGCCAUCCGCUAACAGAGGGACAGAAUGGCAUUGGCACACUGUCCUAGAAGACGAUGUGGAGCCACCCAAACCAACUUUUAGGCCGAAAAGGAAGCCAGGACCUCAGCUAAACAUGACUGCUACGUACAGCCCCCUUCAGCUUUUUCAGCUGUUCUUCACCCAAUCCGUUGUAGAGUCGCUCGUGUCCAACACGAAUAAGAAUGGGAAGAAGACGCAAGCAGGCAAAACGGCAGCAUGGAAGCCCAUAUCCACGGCAGACUUUUUCUGCUACCUUUCUCUGGUCAUCUACAUGGGGCUGGUGAGGCUGAAAAGCCUGAAGGACUACUGGAAAACGUCAUCUCUCUACCAACUGCCUUUCCCCUCGGCUGUUAUGUCCUGCAAAAGGUUUCUGGAUCUCUCCCGGGCGCUUCACAUCAGUGACCCAAAGGUUGAUGAAGAGAAUGAGAAGAAGAGAGGCACAGCGAGGUUUGAUACACUGUGCAAAAUCAAACCUCUCUACCACAGCAUUGUCGAGGCCUGCAAGACGUACUUUCAGCCAGCCCAGAACGUGUCAAUCAAUGAGAGGAUGGUGGCCUCAAAGGACAGCAUUGGCCUCCAACAGUACAUGACAAACAAACCAACCAAGUGUGGUCUCAAGCUGUUUGUGUUGGCUGAUUCUGCGUGUGCCUACACGUGCAAUUUCUUGGUCUACGAGGGGAAGAACAGUUUUGCGACCGGUAAGGAACUCAGCUAUGCCUCUGUAAUGGCGUUGUUGGAUUUUCAACUGCUGGGGAAGGGCUACAAACUGUUUGUGGAUAACUUCUACACAAGCCCUGCCCUGUUUGCAGACCUGAGGAAGCUGGGGGUGUGGGCUUGUGGCACCAUUCGUACCACCAGGGUGGGCUUCCCGAAGACGAAGGUGGACGACAUGCCUAAGCAGGCUGAGCGGGGGACCAUACGAUGGAUCCGUGAAGAUGGCCUGCUGUUUGUGAAGUGGAUGGAUGCCAGAGAGGUGGUCAUGUGCUCCACUAUCCACAAGUCCUUCAGUGGGGAUCAUGUUGUCAAACGUGUGAAGGACGCUACUGGGGCAUGGGCCACCAAAAGUGUCCCCAUUCCAACUGCAGUAAAGGACUUCAACAAGAACACGGGAGGUGUCGACCUAUCAGGCGCGCUGACAGGCUACUACAAUGUUCUACAUAAGACGAUGAAAUGGUACAAGACCUUCUUCUAUCAUUUCAUCGACAUCGCCGUGGUGAAUGCAUUCAUCCUACACAAGGAAAUGGCGAAGAGCUGUGGAAAGCCCUUCCUCUCACAGAAAGCCUUCAGAGAGCAGCUCAUCAAGGAGCUUGCUGGCUACAGCACCACUGUACCACGUUCUACCUACUCUAGCUCUGUCCCUCCUGGCUACAGCACCACUGCACCAAGCCCUGUCCCUUCUGCUCCUACCACAAGUGUUCAUCUACCCAAAUAUAUCUGUGCAGGCAUGGAUGUGCCUAAGGGCAAAAAGGGCUCAGCAUGGAGGCGUUGCUGUGUUGUUUGCAAGAUGAAGUCCCCCAUCGCAUGCACCACAUGCUCAGUGACCCUCUGCUUUACAUCAGAAAGAGACUGCUAUGGCAUCUGGCAUCAGCAGCAGAGUAUUGUGUAGAGCUUUAGAACUAACAUUGGACUAAGUUCUACUUAAUCUUGAGCAACACUGCAAAGAAAAGUGGCAAGGACAUAAUGUAAUGGCACACUGUUGAGAUAGAUUCUACUCCCGAACAUCUUCCCCCAAACUGAGUGUCUAAAAGAGGUAUAAAAUGAGGAGAGAUCGGUGCCUAGACAUGAUCCUCAACCCAUAUGAUUUGGACAUCAUAGAGAAUAACCAGACAAGGUAAAUUACUUUUACUAUACUCUUGUUUUGUAUUGACUACUUUGACAUCGAGGCACGAGCAAAACUAUUGACUGGUAUAUCUUAAAGAAUUGUGUUGUACAUUGGAAGCUCACACCACUUAAAAAGAGUAAGAGAACAAGGUUGUGUCAGAGAGAACUUCACCCCUCAACGGAGCGAGGCGUGGAGCAACAACGUUCCAUCUUUGGAGUGCCAGUGACAAUUGCAGUUUGGCAAGAUUGAAACAGCCCAGAAAUAAGUAAAGCCUCGUAGUAGCCAAGAGUCGAUAAAAAGGAAUCAAUAUCUAAACAGUAGGCAGUAAAAACCAUCGGGAAUUCGGACUAAAUUAGAAGAUUACAGUACUAUAAACAGCAGAGGCCAAAAUAUUACUACUCUUAUAGAGACCAGUGGAAGGACCAAGGGAACAGAGCUUCAAGGUAAAUAUAUGGGUGUUUGUUUUGUUUAAGAGUUUUAGAAGUGUUUUAAGCGAAUUAUAUUUGCAAUAUUAUUUGGCAUAGUAUAAAGAUUGAUGUAUUAGGAAACUGUAGAACCAUUUGAAUUGUAAUGAUGUGUAUAAAGACAAAAAAAACAGAGUGAUUUUAAUAAAAGCUUUGAAACUUUGACAACUAGGCCAGAUUAACGAUCUGGAGAGCAAACGCCUUUGACACUCUCACUGAACAGAAAGUGACCCUGGUUAUAGGUUAAAGUGAUUGCACUAAAGAAUA